CGCCUCCCUCUCUUCUCCCUCUCUUCUCCCUCUCGCCUCCUUCUCGUCUCCCUUCUCGCCUCCCUCUCGCCUCCUUCUCGCCUCCCUCUCUCUCUCUUUGAUCUGUGGCUGUGCCUUUGUGGUAGUUGACGGGCUGCUGUGGGCAGCAGGGAUGAGUAGUUGAGCGUGAUCAAAGUGCCUGUUAGACCCCAAAUUGAGCGCGUCCUCAUCAUGUUGUGGACGAAAUGGGCAUCGUUGAUCGGGCUGCGCCUCGUUCUUGCGCUGACCCUAUCCACUAGCUUCGUGCCCGAUGAGUUUUGGCAGGGUCCAGAGGUGGCCUAUCGCAUGGUGUUUGGCCAAGGUCAUCUCACAUGGGAAUGGCAGGCCGAGCUGCGCAGCAUCGUGCACCCUGCCAUCAUUGCCGCUUUUUAUGCGCUUUUGAAGACGCUCCACCUCGACUACCCUGCACUCCUGGCCCGUGGUCCUUGGGUUGUGCAAAGUGUCUUGGUCGGCGUGGCCGACGGUUACACCCUCAAGCUGACCCGCAGCUGCUGGUUUAUCGCCUUCAACGGCUUUCGUUCCCUCUCUGGCUCCAUGGAUACCUUGCUUCUACCCAGUCAGUCCAUCUUGCACAAACUGAUGACCCCUCACCCACGAGGAAACGGCUCAUCCACUGCUUGGCUGCUCUUGGAGUCCAAGCCAUCGCCGAUCGCCUAUUUUACGGGCACUGGACCCUUCCCAUGCUCAACUUUGUCCGGUUCAAUCUACUCACGGUUUUGCUCUCUCUCUCUCUCUCUCUCUCUCUCUCUCUCUCUCUCUCUCUCUCUCUCUCUCUCUCUCUCUCUCUCUCUCUCUCUCUCUCUCUCUCUCUCUCUCUCUCUCUCUCUCUCUCUCUCUCUCUCUCUCUCUCUCUCUCUCUCUCUCUCUGCGACUCGAUUUUAA